AUGGCGCGUGUCCAUGGUUUGAACUCUCACCGUUGGAUUAUUUUCCAGAUGAUCACAGUGUUCCACGUGGCUUUCAUCGUACAUAAAGAAGUCAAUGCGCAAUCACUCACACCGAGUCCCCGCGAGUUGCAAUCGGCUCAAGCUCCGUCGAAGACCACCGUCUUUGCCGUUCUCGUCUCCAUCUUCUUCGCCGUCGGAUUAGUCUCUGUCUAUAUCCGCCAUUGCAAUUUCUCUAGUCCCCGAUUCUCCACUAGAUACUACCGCCGUAGCGCUUACGACGGCUGUUCACGGCGAGGCGGCCUAGACGACGCCGUCGUUGAGAGUUUCCCUGUCUUCGCUUACUCCUUCGUUAAGGAAUCGAAGAUCGGAUCCGGCGAUCUGGAAUGUGCGAUUUGCCUCAACGAAUUGGAGGACCGCGAGACGGUGCGGUUGCUUCCGAUUUGCAACCAUCUCUUCCAUAUCGAUUGCAUCGACGCUUGGCUUUACUCCCACGCCACUUGCCCUGUCUGCAGAUCCAAUCUCACGGCGAAAUGGGAUGAACCCGGCGAGGAAGUUGACACGGCGACUCGAGCUCCGACGAGAGAUCACGUCGCGAUUAACAUCGACGGCUGUCUCACGGGAGAAUCGGAGACUGUUGAUGCAGCGAAAAGUCACCACAGGCGGCCGAGUUCUGAGAUCGCCGGUAAGUUUCCGCGGUCGAAUUCGACUGGUCAUUCGAUGGGUCGACUCAGUGACGAAACUGAGAGGUUUACUCUGCGGUUGCCGGACGACGUGAAGAUGCGAAUAAUGGCGGUGAAAGGACGAAGGCUUAAACGGACGAGAAGUUUUGACGCUGGUUUGAUGGCGGAAGGCAGAGAGUACUUUUGCCGGAGCGGCGAGGAGAGCAGUCACAAAAUGGGGUCCGAUGGGAAACCGGAUCGGGUCAAUUGGGCGGAUCGAUGGGGUUUGUUUGUUUCAAAGUCAAACACCGGUUCCGUUAGAUCACAGAAAUCUAACGGCUGA